CUCAGCCCUUGUAUGUAUGAGAUUUGUCCACACACUGGCUCUUCAGACAGGUCUUCCAUAUCUCAAGUCGAGAAGUUCUAUAUCAUACUAAACAUGGAGAAAGAAGAAAAGAAAUUUGUCAAUAAAGCAGAGGAAGAUGAGAUGGAGAUCUAUGGCUAUGAUCUAUGUCGCUGGAAGUUGGUGCUAGUUACUGUAGGAGUGAUCUGUUCUGGUGGCUUUCUUCUCCUCCUCCUCUACUGGAUGCCUCAGUGGCGUGUGAAAGCAACAUGCAAAAGGACUACGCUUAAAGACUGUGAAGUGCUUCUGCUGAGAACAACUGAUGAAUUCAAGAUAUGGUUUUGUGCAAAGGUUCGCAGUAUGCCUUCUUUGGGAGCCAAUCCUUUACAGAAUCCUAACCCUAUUGUACACAAGGUUUCAAAUGGCCGUGCUGUUCAUUUCUGUGAAUCUGCUGCAGAAGAGAAUAAAAAUGAUUUGAAAAAGUAUUUGCCUAUUCGUUAUUUCACACAUCACAGCGUGAAGUAUUUCUGGAAUGAUUCCGUUCAAAGUUUUGAUGUUGUACGUGGUCUAGAUGAAUCUACAUUCUGUUCUUCAAUUCAUAAUGAACACAGCACAGGACUGACAAAGGGAAUGCAUGAUUACAGAAAAGCAUUCUAUGGAGUAAAUGAAAUUGCUGUGAAAGUGCCUUCCAUUUUUAAGCUUCUGAUUAAGGAGGUUCUCAACCCUUUUUACAUUUUUCAGUUGUUCAGUGUGAUAUUGUGGAUCACUGAUGAAUAUCACUACUAUGCAUUAGCAAUUGUGAUCAUGUCUGUAAUAUCCAUUGUUAGCUCCCUCUACACCAUUAGAAAGCAAUAUGUUAUGUUACAUGACAUGGUAGCAGCUCACAGCAUUGUCAGGGUUUCUGUCUGCAGAGGAAACCAAGAAAUAGAAGAAAUCCUUUCCACCGACCUUGUGCCUGGAGAUCUCAUGUUGAUUCCAUCUAAUGGGACAAUUAUGCCCUGUGAUGCAGUACUUCUCAGUGGUACUUGCAUUGUAAAUGAAAGUAUGUUAACAGGUGAAAGUGUUCCUGUCACAAAGAUUAAUCUACCAAAUCCUUCAGAAUAUCCGAAAGCAGUGGGAGAUGAAAUAUACAGUCCAGAAGUGCAUAAACGGCAUACUUUGUUCUGUGGAACCAAUGUCAUUCAAACCCGUUUUUAUACUGGAGAAUUGGUCAAAGCUCUAGUAGUGAGAACAGGCUUUAGUACUGCUAAAGGACAGCUUGUUCGUUCCAUACUAUAUCCAAAGCCAACUGAUUUUAAACUCUACAGAGAUGCCUAUUUGUUUCUCCUGUCUCUGGUAGUAGUGGCAGGCAUUGGGUUUCUUUACACGGUUGUCAAUAGCAUCUUAAAUGAGGUUCCGGCUCGUACCAUCAUCAUCGAGUCCCUUGACAUUAUCACUAUCACGGUGCCUCCAGCGCUCCCUGCUGCCAUGACUGCUGGCAUCGUUUAUGCACAAAGAAGGUUGAAAAAAAUUGGCAUCUUCUGCAUCAGCCCACAAAGGAUAAAUAUUUGUGGCCAGCUGAAUCUUGUGUGUUUUGAUAAGACUGGCACACUUACUGAGGAUGGCUUGGAUCUUUGGGGAAUUCAACGGGUGGAAAAUGCUCGUUUCCUUUUGCCGGAAGAGAGGGCUUGCAGUGAGAGCUUGCUGAAGUCUGAGUUUGUUGCUUGCAUGGCAACUUGUCAUUCCCUUACAAAAAUUGAAGGGGUACUUUCUGGGGAUCCACUUGAUUUGAAGAUGUUUGAAGCAAUAGGAUGGAUUUUAGAAGAAGCAACUGAAGAGGAAACAGCCCUUCAUAAUCGAAUCAUGCCGACAGUGGUUCGACCUUCAAAACAACUUUUCCCAGAAUCCAAGCAAGCAACAAAUCAAGAAAUGGAAUUGUUUGAGCUUUCGACCAGUUACGAGAUUGGAAUCGUGCGCCAGUUUCCAUUUUCUUCAGUUUUGCAACGUAUGUGUGUAAUAGCAAGAGUUCUAGGGGAGAAAAGAAUGGAUGCUUACAUGAAAGGUGCCCCUGAAGUGAUUGCCAGCUUGUGUAAGCAGGAAACAGUUCCUGUUGACUUUGAGUGUGUCCUGGAAGAAUACACUAAGCAGGGCUUCCGAGUUAUUGCUCUUGCUCACAGAAAAUUGGAGUCUAAGCUUACAUGGCACAAAGUCCAGACUAUUAAUAGAGAUGCUAUUGAGAGCAACAUGGAUUUUAUGGGGUUAAUUAUAAUGCAAAAUAAACUAAAGCAAGAAACCCCUGCUGUACUUGAAGAUUUGCAUAAAGCCAACAUUCGCACUGUCAUGGUUACAGGGGAUAACAUGUUAACUGCUAUCUCUGUGGCCAGAGACUGUGGAAUGAUUCUACCUCAGGAUAAGGUCAUUAUUGCUGAAGCACUACCUCCUAAGGAUGGGCAGGCUGCCAGGAUCAACUGGCAUUAUGCAGAUACCCUUGCAAAAUGCACUAGUUCAUCACCAGCCAUAAACUCAGAGGAUAUUCCAGUUAAAUUGGUCCAUGAAAGCCUUGAGGAUCUCCAGAUGACCAAAUACCAUUUUGCAAUGAAUGGAAAGUCAUUUGCAGUGAUUUUGGAGCAUUUUCAGGACCUGGUACCCAAGCUUGUGUUACAUGGCACUGUGUUUGCUCGCAUGGCGCCUGAUCAGAAAACUCAGUUGGUGGAAGCUUUACAAAAUGUAGAUUACUAUGUGGGCAUGUGUGGAGAUGGAGCAAAUGACUGUGGCGCGCUAAAGAGGGCACAUGGUGGUAUAUCUCUGUCUGAACUGGAGGCUUCUGUGGCAUCACCAUUCACUUCCAGGACGCCUAGUAUUUCCUGCGUGCCAAAGCUGAUCAGGGAAGGCCGUGCUGCUUUAAUAACUUCCUUCUGUGUAUUUAAGUUCAUGGCAUUAUACAGCAUUAUCCAGUACAUCAGUGUUACUCUGCUAUAUUCUAUCCUGAGCAAUUUGGGAGAUUUCCAGUUUCUCUUCAUUGAUUUGGCAAUCAUUUUGGUGGUUGUCUUCACUAUGAGUCUGAACCCUGCUUGGAAGGAGCUUGUUGCGCGAAGGCCUCCAUCAGGUCUUAUCUCAGGUCCACUUCUGUGUUCCGUUUUGUCUCAGAUCAUCAUCUGCCUUGCUUUCCAAACCUUUGGGUUUUUUUGGGUCAAACAGCAGUCCUGGUAUGAGCCUUGGACAACGGAAUCUGAUGCAUGUAAUAUAUCGGAUGCCACAAACACCAGCUAUGCACACCAUGGGAAUGAGACUCUUCAUGAUGAACAUUACAUUAAAAAUUAUGAAAACACAACUUUGUUUUUUAUAUCCAGCUUUCAGUACCUCAUAGUGGCAAUUGUCUUUUCUAAAGGAAAGCCCUUUAGACAACCGUGCUACAAAAAUUUUCUGUUUGUUAUAUCUGUGAUAGUUCUUUAUGUCUUCAUACUCUUCAUCAUGUUGCAUCCUGUUGAAUCUAUUGACACAUUUCUUGAGCUCGUGUGUGUGCCAUAUGAGUGGCGCCUAAGAAUUCUCAUCAUUGUUAUUCUCAAUGCAAUUGCAUCUGUGCUGACGGAGAAUGUCCUCCUUGAUAUGAUCCUUUGGAAGGUUGUGUUCAAUCGAGACAAACAAGGAGAAUAUCGCCUCACCAUACCCCAGCCGCCUCAGGAGGCUGUGGAUCGCCGUGGAGUCUGUUUCCUUUCUUCCCUGUUUGGUUGUAGAGAGAAGACACCAAAAGCCAAGUAUAUGCAUCUAGCUCAGGAACUGCUGGUUGAUCCAGAAUGGCCACCAAAACCCAGAACAACAACAGAAGCGAAAAUACCAUCCCAAGAAAAUGGUUCAUAUCAAAUCAUCACUGUAACGUAACGGUGGAUCUUGGUGGCAUGUGUUUUUAGUAGUAUUCAGAAGAAUGUAAUUUUAAGGCUUUAUUUGAAAUUGCAGUAUACUAAAUGUCAAAUUCCAAUGCAGAUAUCUCCAACUGUUUUAUCUCUCUGAAUACAAAGUUCAGAGCCAGACAUCUUAUGGCUAUGAAUUUUAAAAAUGUAGGUUACCUUAGGCAGAACAAAAAUGAUUGUGUUUCCUUCCACCUUCUUCCAAAUUUCAUUAUUCCUAAAUGAGAUGUAUUUGAAGGUUUAAACUGCAGGGCAGUUAAAACAGGUUCACUUUAUUUGCCUGGAGUAUCUUAAUCGUUGUUCUAACCUGCUUACCUGGGCACGUGUUCACAUAAACCCUAUGAUGUAAUGAUUUCAUGGUAGUACUAGAGGCACAUAAUAACCUUGUCAUGCUUUUUUUUUUUUUUUUAUAUUCACUGUUAAAAAGCUUUGUGCCUCAAAACGGUUCUAAAGUUUUGGUGUGUGUACCUCUAAGUUUGUCCCUACUAGUAAGGAGGGAGUGUUUCCAGGUGUAAAGUUUGGAUCUUAAGUUUUAAUUCUUUAGUCUGCCACAGCAGGAAUUGGGAAUGCUAUAGCAGCAAUAUGCUCUGUCCUUUAUAAGAAAGCACAUUGCUUUCAAGAGGGUUCUUAGCUUCUUUUCUAGCUAACCCGAAGGAAGGGCUCAGGUGGCCUCCAGAGGAGGAGGCAUUUGGCUACACUCUAAAGCUUUUGGAGAAGGAAGGCUGGAGAAUCUUAACACUUUCUUCUGUCUUAUGUUUUAUUACAUUUAGCUAUGCAUUUCUCCACAGACGUUGCUUUUUCUAGCAGAAGGGUUGGAUUAUCCCUUUGUGGACCAUGUUUUAUUUGUAAAUCUUAAGACAAUUUUCCUAUAUACCUUGAAGUAGUAAGGCCAGAGUUACUGCUGCAAGGGAAAUGGGGGUGUGAGGGAGGAAUAUUUUCACAUGCCCAUGCUUGGGAUUUGUGCAUGUUAAGGACAUAUGCAUUUCAAAGAGUCUGCCGGUGUCUUAAGCACUAUAUGUAGCUGUAUGAAACAAAAUUAAGAGAAAAUAGAUGAGCUAAAAACUGUCUUGCUGCAGAACUAUAAGGCUUAUGUGGAUUUUAU